AUAGAGCGUAGCGUCUCUAAAUAAAAAAAAAAAGGACGCGAUUAUAAGAGCCACAAUCUCACUUAUUUAGUAAGCAUUCAGCACGCAGUCGUAAAACUGUUUAUAGCGUUUAUAACGAGUUAUGUUAGAGAUUAUUGCAUACAACUAACUUUACAAUAACUUUAUAACAAUGCGCAAGAGAAAUAAUUUUAAUUUUUUUUUAAUACAAACAGCAACAGUAAUGCUCAUUGUAAAUUUCGGCGCAGCCAGUUUAUUGGAGAAACUUACAGAGAAAGCUUCAAGAGAAUCAGAUUUACGAACUGGACACAAGACAAAAGCUUCAAAGCAGAAGGCAGCUAAUAUUCUGUCAACAGGACAGUAUUUUCAAGACAUAUUUUCUGAGCAUCUGGCACCUUUCCAAAUUGAGUUUGGUCAUGUUUGUGAAAAUCCCAAUGAAUGGGAACAAAGAUUUGAGCGAAGAGACUUUGACAACAAUCGUCAUAGUGGCAAAAUCAAAUGGGGUAAUAGAAGAGGAGAAUAUGGCGAGCAGUAUUGGGAUUUAAAUCAUUAA